AUGGCAUUGAGUUCCCAGCCUACCAAUCACCACAUGUGGAUGCUGAAGACUAAAAGUGUACUGAUGGGUGCUUCGGAAGAACAGCUGCAUGGCUUGGGAUCAAAUCCAUUAGCGAAGAAGAGAUGCAUAAAGGGUUUCAACUCUGAGGAAAAUUCGUACCACGUUGCCUGUGCAUGUCCUACAAGCUCAAGAACAACAAGGCACGACUUCGUGGUACACUGGACCCUUAAGACACUACUAAAGUCCCUAGGUGCUCCAGAAGGAGCUCAAAGAAGCUUACAAUUUGGCAAAGCAGCGCAAACACUAACAGCGCUGUUUCGGAAAAUGCCCCUUUCCUCGCCACAAAAACCUGGUAACACCACAGCAAAAGCGAGUAAAGAUGGGGUAAUUUCGGAGGAAAAUUGUUCUGAUAAUAACGGAAUGCCUAUUAAAAAAGAAGUGGUUCCUGUGGGAACUACAAUUCAUAAAGAACAACCAUUUGUCUAUAGUUUGAGUUCUAAAUAUCGCACUGAGUGUUGUGAUUUUUGCUUGAAAAUGGGAACUGAUUUAUUAAAAUGUUCAAACUGCAAAUAUGUGUAUUAUUGUGGUCAAGCCUGCCAAAAACAGGCUUGGGCUGUGCACAAGCAAGAAUGUAAAAAUUUGAAACGAAUCAACCCUAGGAUUUUACCAGAUGCUGCAAGAAUAUUAUUCAGGUUGAUUAGAAAGUUGGAUAAAGGAGGAGCUACUGUUAAGGGCUACUACACUGAAAAAAACUACAGAUUAUGGAUGGAUUUAAUGUCACAUUGUGAGGAACUGAAAAACGAUAAGCGUAGAAUGGAACAUAUGUCGUCUUUGUAUGCAGUACUGACAGAAUUCCAACAAGAAGAACUGCCAAAUUUUGCAGAAUUUAUGGGCUUAUAUGGAAGGAUGUGCGUCAAUAGUUUCAAUAUUUGCAAUCAAGAACAACAAAGUUUGGGUGUAGGCAUUUAUUUAGCGGCCUCUAUUAUUGAUCAUUCCUGCCAACCAAACGCAUUGGCUACCUUUGAAGGGACCACGUUAAUUUUAAGAACUCUAGAGACACUGCCUGAAUUGGAUUGGUCCAAAGUUAGAAUAAGUUACAUAGAUGUUAUGGCAACAACGGAAGAAAGACGAAAAGACUUAUUAGAAACCUAUUAUUUUUUGUGCGAAUGUCCCAAAUGUUUGGCACCAGAAAAUCUAGUUGAAAUUUUUGGUGCCCAAUGCCCAAAUAAAUGUUGUGAUAAUUAUAUAGGAAUAAGUGAUAACGAGUCUGUAUGUGCCAAAUGUAAUACUGUAGCAACACAAGAAUUCAUAAAUGAAUUUAAAAAGGUUGUGGAAAUCACUGAGAUGCAUAUAAAUCUGGAUGUUUGUAAGGUUUGCUUGGCCAAACAAAAAAAUGUUUUGUACAAAUACCAUUUGAGACGUAUCAAAACUUUGGAUUUAGCAUUUGAAAGCGCUAUAGAUUUGGAAGAUUUUGAUAGUGCCUUGGAGUAUGGGUUGGAACUCAUCGAUAGUUACCAGAAAUAUUAUCCAACAAUACAUCCAUUAACAGGCUUGUUGCACUUAAAACUGUGCAAAUUAUUAUUAUUCAAAAACAGAACCAAAGAAGGAAUAUAUCAUUUGAGAAAAGCAUCAGACAUACUAAAAAUCACGCAUGGCAUUACUAAUUCUGUAUAUAAAAUUGAGGUGUUACCUUUAAUUCAACAAUGUAGGUUUGUCUUGAAUAUAAAUGGGUUGAAGUAAAAACAAAAAUGUUUUCUUAAUUUAAUAUAUUACAAAAAUCCUUAUAAAUUGUAUAAAAAUAUAUACAACACAAUAACGCACAUUUAAAAUUUUAAUAAAUAAAUAAAAUUCAACAAUAGGCAGCGGAUCUAUGGGAAUCACUGUUAAACAAAAUUAUUGCAACAAAAAAUAUAAACUGGGUUUGAGGGAGUUGGUUGCUUGCUAAGAAUUACAGAAAAUAUCUCCGGGUUUCUGGUUUUUAUUGGAACAUACCUAAAGUGUUGGCAAACAAAAGACAACCUAAUUCACAUACCGUUUUUAUAUGCAUCCUUUUCCUAUAUUGUAUAAAUUUCAAAUAAAAAAAAAAUAUAUUAAUGCAAGAGAGUCCUCAUGAAAUAGUAUCACAUAUUUAUUCUUAAAUAUUUUUUUUUUUUCACAAAAAUACCAGGCAUGAAAACGUUUAUAGUUCCUUAUUUUGAUUUUCAGACAAAUUUAUCAAAUUUGGUUCACUCUCACUUUUCUUCAAACCCUCCAAUUCUGUUUUCACACAAUUCAAAUCUUCGUCGUUCAAUUCUUUUUUAAAAUCCGGCACACUACGAGUCAAUAUUUCAUCAGCGACUUGCUCAAUUCUAAUAAUAUCAUCGCCAUUUAACAAUUCCUCAUUCAAACUUGCAUCUUUCAAGUCUACAGUGCUAUUAGCAAAAAUAACAGAGGCUCCUAGAUCGUUGAUAUCAAGUUCAUUUGGUAUUACAUCUACAAAUAUAUUCAAGCAACUUAAGUUAUCUUGUAAAAUUAUCUAUAAAAUACCUAUCGAAGAAAAUCCAUUAUUAAAUAAAACCUUUUUUGGUUGUUCACUAAUGGGAUGCUGGGGACUUGUUGCUAUACUUCUAAAUUUAUCUUUUGAUUCCGAUUGAUUCACUGGACUAUUCUGUGAUGUGCGGUCUAAUUUAUGUUGAGCUAUAAUGCUGCAAGCUUUCCCAAAAAUAAGGAUACUAUUCAAGAUUUUCGUAGACCACAAACACAGAUAUCUGAAAACGAAUAAUAUUGAAAAAAAUUGUAAUAAAUACAAUGCAACACUUACCCAAUAAAAAAUAUAAUUACUGCAGGAAUAUUAUAUAAAUUAAUGGAUGUAAGCAAUACUCUAGCAACAACUACACCUAAUGGAAUUGUAAUAAAUCCCAUUCGUCUUGCCACUAAAUCGGAAUGUCCAGAAAAUGCAUGUUUUUGUUGUUUUUGGGAUAAAUCGUAUGCCAAACUCGUGCGGUAGUCUUUGUAGACAUCAAUGUGAAGUUCGUUGAAUCUACAAAUUGUUACUUAGAAAAAUUUGUGCAGAAUAUGAAAAGUUGAUUACCGGGUUAUGAAGGCAUGUUUAAUCCAAUCGACUAAAAAUUCAGUAAAAAGUACCGUCAUGGAAUCUCUCAUAAGUUGCCAGAAAACGUCAGUCUUCCACAUGUACUCUUUCAUUGUUUGUAGCAACACAAUAAAUAGUAAAAUUACUAAAUGGAAUCUUUCCCUUACAUCACUACAGGUAACUUGAAACAAAUUAUUUUUGUCGAACUUCUUGAAUACACUGCCUUUU